CGUUUUCUUAUUAUUAGAGUUAUGAACAACUUGCAAACGAUUAAUAUCUUCAACGAUCAAGCAACUUCUGAGCGGGGAGAAGAGGCUCGUCUUUCAUCUUUUGUCGGAGCAAUUGCUAUCGGAGACUUGAUUAAAACUACUUUAGGACCGAAAGGGAUGGAUAAAAUUUUACAAUCAAAAAAUGAUUUGAGUUCUAAAGGUGAAGUAAAAGUUACCAAUGACGGGGCUACUAUUCUUAAAUCAAUCCCUUUGGAUAAUCCAGCUGCAAAAAUUUUAGUUGACAUUUCAAAAGUUCAGGAUGAUGAAGUUGGAGACGGCACUACUAGCGUAGUGGUUUUGGCUUCAGAAUUAUUAAAAGAAGCAGAAAAACUCGUUAAUGCGAAAAUGCAUCCUCAAACUAUUAUUUCUGGAUUCCGCUCCGCUACGGACGUCGCUAGGAAAACUCUAACGGAUUUUAGCCGGGAUCACAGUUCUAUUCCCGAACUUUUUAAGCAGGACCUGCUCAACAUCGCGAAAACUACGUUGAGCUCGAAAAUAAUACAACAGGAGAAAGACUAUUUUGCAGCGCUCGUCGUUGAGGCGGUUUUGCGUUUAAAAGGUUCUACUAAUAUCGACUCCAUUCAUAUUAUAAAGAAAAGUGGAGGAACUUUAAGGGAUUCCUUCUUAGAUGAAGGUUUCAUAUUGGAGAAAAAAAUUGGCGUGAACCAACCAAAACGCGUUGAAAAUGCUCGAAUUCUCAUUGCUAAUACUGCCAUGGACACCGAUAAAAUAAAAGUUUUUGGUAGUAAAGUUCAAGUGGAUUCUACUGCAAAAGUAGCCGAAAUAGAAGCAGCGGAAAAACUCCGCAUGAAAAAUAAAGUAAACAAAAUCCUCAAGCACGGCAUUAACUGUUUUAUUAAUCGUCAGUUAAUCUAUAAUUUUCCCGAACAACUUUUUGCUGAGGCGGGCUGUAUGGCCAUCGAGCACGCGGACUUUGAAGGGAUUGAAAGACUGGCGUUAGUUACGGGCGGUGAAAUUUGCUCAACUUUUGAUCACCCUGAAUCCGUCAAGCUGGGCACGUGCGAUCUGAUUGAAGAAAUAAUGAUUGGCGAAGACAGUUUUAUUCAUUUUUCUGGCGUCCAAUUAGGAGCCGCCUGUACUAUUGUUAUCCGUGGAGCUACCAAACAGAUUUUAGAUGAGGCUGAGCGUUCUCUUCACGACGCUCUUUGUGUCCUCUCACAAGUCACUGUUGAUCCACGUGUCGUUUACGGGGGUGGCUGCAGUGAGAUGGUGAUGAGCACGUCAGUUGACCAGCUGGCGGCUGCUUCCAGCGGAAAGGAGUCUUUUGCUAUUGAAGCGUUUUCCCGCGCGUUGCGGCAGCUUCCUGCAAUUAUUGCUGAUAAUGGCGGAUAUGACGGUACCGAGUUAAUCUCGCAACUUCGCGCAGCUCACGUGCAAGGAAACAAAACUUUUGGGCUUAAUAUGACAAGCGGCUCAGUGUGCGAUAUGCAAAAGCUCGGAAUUUUAGAAUCAUUUAAAUCAAAAUUGCAUAUGCUCCUCUCCGCCUCCGAAGCUGCGGAGAUGAUACUCAGAGUGGAUAAUAUAUUAAAGGCGGCUCCUCGAAAACGGCAAGAUGAUGAUCUUUGUCGUUAGUCAAACGCCAAAUCGUGGCGAUUACAUUUUUAAAUCUGCCACUUUUCUACCAAUAAAGAUUACUAUUCGCAUUGAAAA